AUGGUGCCAGCGGACGUUUUGAGUUUCAUAAAAGAAUCUUUAGAAGAUGAAAACAAAAUUCUAUCAUUUAAAUCUCUAAGUAUUUCGCUCUGCAUUCCUCAGUGCCAGGCAAAAAAAUAUUUACAAUAUUAUGCUGAUUCCAACAAGAAAAAUGUGCAAGUGACGUAUUGCAUCGUUGGCCAGGUCUCGGAUGCGGACAGACCUGACUCCAAAGUCUUAAAAGUAUGUCUGUCUGAUGCAGCAGGAAAGAAUGACCUGAUGAAAACAUUUUUCUCAAAGCCCUCAUGUCAGGUGUACAGCAUCCAAAAAUCUAAAUUAAAUAAUCAUUCUCUCCUUUAUUCGUUUGAUUAUGAUGCCAGUAAGAAUUUAACAUUUGGGGAUAGAAAUUUGUUCAGCAUCAAAUUGGAAAAUGUUUCAAUGCAUGUGUUCAAAUAUCUCUCGAAACCUGCACAACCUCAAGUCGAUGCUAGAAAACCACAAAAGUUGCAAACUUCUAUUCCUCAGAAAACUGAUUCUCAAAAAUCUGAUUUAGUUGCUAAAAGAUCUAAUGGUGUUGCUUCAUUCUUUUCUAAAAACAAGACAGAACCACCAACAGAGCCUGCUAACAAAACUGGUGCAGAAAACGCGUUAAAAGAUAAAUCUAGUGACAAGACAAACAGUGAAACAACAAAGCAAGCAGGCAAACAGAAUUCAGGAACACAAGACACAAAAAGUUUAUCUGCUCUGUUCAGUAACCAUGCAAAGAAAGCAAAACCUCCUGCCAAUGAGUCGUCACAGAGGAGUGAUUCUCAACAUUCUGAAGUUAGUGAGAAGAGUUUAAAAGCAUCUCAAACCAAAGUUGAAGAAGUUAAUAAGAAUGCUAAAAAUAAAUCAAACAUUAAGAUAGAUAAUGGCAAAAAGUCCAAAAAGUCUAAAAACAGCCAUCCAGCAAAACGAAGAAGGAGAAUAAUUGCGGACAGUAGUGACGAAGAUGAUGACAGCGAUGACAGUGAGGAUGAACAUAGAAUCAGUGAAGAUGAUGAUGAAGAAGAAGUGAUGCAAACAAAUCCUUACAACGAAUCCCAGGACAUGUUCGAUGAUGAACCCUGUCAGGAAACUUCAAACAUGCAGUCUUCAUCACAUCAGAGGUCACAAGCAUCAUCAACUUCGUCAAACAAGAGAAAACUAUCUCCAGAUUCUCAGUCAGACACCGAUGAAAAACAUGAAACUAAAAGAAAACCAAGUAACAACAACUGCAACAACAACAACAACUCAGUCAGCCAAGCUGUGAAGAAGAAAAAAGUUUUAGAGACAAACACCUAUCUAGAUGAUGAUGGCUUCAUGGUUACUGAGAAGGUUCAUCAGAGUGUGGAUGUCGUCGUUGCUGCUGCUGCUGUUGCUGAUGAUGAUGAAGAUGGUAGCCGAAAAAACGAUGAAAAGGAAAUUACAAUUACAAACAAUAGUAGCCAUAAAACUAAUGGAAAUAAUCUGCAUGCAACUAAAAUUGAUGAACUUAAAACUGAAGUUAAGAAGAAUUCAGACAGUGGGCGCGGUAGCAAUGGCACUAGUAAGAAACAGCCACAGCAGGCCACUAAAAAGAAGACGCUGGCGACGGCAGCCACAAAUAAGAAACAAGCCACUAUUGGAAAUUUCUUCACUAAAAAAUAACCACACAAUUUUUCCUGCUUUUUCCAGUCUUGGUAGCCAUAAAUUAAAUGAAGUUAAUUUAUUGUGAACUUUUUGAGGUAAUGCUUGAUUCUUUUUUCCUCAAUAUCACUUAAUUAGUUAAUUAAUUAAGAAGCAAUUGGAUAAUUAGUUGGUUAAUUAAGUAAUUGAAAGGAUGGUUAAUUAAUUAAUUAAUUAAUUACAUUUCACUGGUUUUUGUUUCAAAAAAGUUAAAAAACUAAACUAGCGUAGAUCAAUUGAUCAUCUUUUAUAAGUGCAAUGUGCCGACAUAGUUUUAAUAUUACUAUAUAACGAUAAAUUAAUCGCUUAAAAUUAUGUGUUUAUAUAUAUAUUAUA